CCUGAGCACCCCACGACCGACCACGCCACUACCAACAGAAGAAACGUUCCCAAACACAGAGGACGGACGGCGCACGAGGCCUCCACGAACGGCCAAGACACUGCCAAGUCCAUCCGAGUGCCCUGAAGCGAUAAAGCAGCGCUGUCGAAGGGACAACAUGACCUGCGUCAUGAGGGGGAAAAUGCCGGCUUGUAUAGAUGUAGAACAAACGCAGGAAACGACAACCAGCGCCCCAGCUACAACACCUAUGACUACAACCGCAGGUCCUUCUAGUUGCCCCGAGAGGGCGAAACAGGUCUGUGCCCAGGAUGGACAGGACUGUGUGGUGCGAAACAACAGGCCAGCGUGCGUGGAACGAAAGAACACGUGUACCGAAGAAUUCCAGAGGAAGUGCGAGAAAGGCGGAAUGGUAUGCCGCAUGUACAAGGGCAACAUGAUGUGCGCUCGAAAACCAGCAGUGACAACUACGAAAGCAAAACCAUCAGCGACAACUACGAAAGCACCCGCCAAGUGCAGCGAGGCGAUGAUAAAGUAUUGCGAUGGCAAGGACCAGGACUGCGUGAUAAAAGAUGGAAUGCCGGAUUGCGUAGACCGGGAUGCCGAGAAAUGCAGCGCCCACAUGAAAAAGCUGUGCGCUGCCAAAGGGAUGGAAUGCGAGGUUAUCAAUGGUACCUCUGUGUGUACGGACCCCAGCAAGCACACUUGUGAUAAAGAAAUGAUCAAUAGAUGCCAAUCAAUGGGACAGAAAUGUGUUGAAAGGCACAACAAGGCAUACUGUACAGGCUCGGAUAACCGAAAAUGCGACGCCCAGGUGAAAAAGCUGUGCGCUCGCGAAGGGAUGGAAUGCGAGGUUAUCAACGGCAGCUCUGUGUGUGUGGAUCGAAGCGCAACAAAAUGCGACGAGGUGUUAAGGAAGAAAUGUGACAAAAUUGGGAAAGCGUGCGACGACGGAGAGAACUUCGUCGUCUGCAGAGACCGGCGGCCCCGAGUUUGUCCGGACGAACACAAGAAAAGGUGCGCUAAAGUCCAUCUCAACUGCAUAGAGAUCAAGGACGCCCCGACAUGCACAGACCCCAGCAAGCCCACUUGCGAUAAAGAAAUGAUCACUAGAUGCCACUCACUAGGAGGGAAAUGUGUUGAAGCGGACAACAAGACAUUCUGUACAGACCAAGAUCAGCUAAAGUGCAACGACCAGAUGAAAAAGGUGUGCGCUCGCGAAGGAAUGGAAUGCGAGGUUAUCAACGGUACCUCUGUGUGUGCGGAUCGAAGCGCAACAAAAUGCGACGAGGUGUUAAGGAAGAAAUGUGACAAAAUUGGGAAAGCGUGCGACGACGGAGAGAACUUCGUCCUCUGCAGAGACCGGCGGCCCCGAGUUUGUCCUGACGAACACAAGAAAAGGUGCGCUAAAGUCCAUCUCAACUGCCUGGAGAUCAAGGACGCCCCGACGUGCACAGACCCCAGCAAGCACACCUGCGAUAAGGAAAUGACCAAUAAAUGCCUCCUAAUGGGAGAGAAAUGCGUCGAAGAGCAGAACAAGACGUUCUGUACAGCUCCAGGCAUCCCACCAAAACCAUGUGAUGCGACACAAACCGCAAAUUGCAAGAAGGAUGGGAAAGACUGCGUCCUCACUGACAACAAAGCGCAAUGCAUUCCUCCAGGUAUGCUGCUAAAACAUUGUGAUGCGACGCAAGCCGCAAAUUGCAAGAUGGAUGGGAAAGACUGCGUCCUCAUCGGCGACACAGCGCAAUGCAUUCCUCAAGGCAUGCCAGCAAAACCAUGUGAAACGACACAAGCCGCAAAUUGCAAGAAGGAUGGGAAAGACUGCGUCCUCAUCGGCGACACAGCGCAUUGCGUUCCUCCAGGCGUGCCAGAAAAACUAUGUGAUGCGAAACAAGCCGAAAAUUGCAAGAAGAAUGGGAACGACUGCGUCCUCAUCGGCGACACAGCGCGUUGCGUUCCUCCAGGCAUGCCAGCAAAACCAUGUGAUGCGACACAAGCCGCAAAUUGCAAGAAGGAUGGGAAAGACUGCGUCCUCAUCGGCGACACAGCGCAAUGCGUUCCUCCCGGCAUGCCAGCAAAACCAUGUGAUGCGACACAAGCCGCAAAGUGCAAGAAGGAUGGGAAAGACUGCGUCCUCAUCGGCGACACAGCGCAAUGCGUUCCUCCAGGCAUGCCACCAAAACCAUGUGAUGCGACACAAGCCGCAAAGUGCAAGAAGGAUGGGAAAGACUGCGUCCUCAUCGGCGACACAGCGCAAUGCGUUCCUCCAGGCAUGCCAGCAAAACCAUGUGAUGCGACACAAGCCGCAAAUUGCAAGAAGGAUGGGAAAGACUGCGUCCUCAUCGGUGACACAGCGCAAUGCGUUCCUCCAGGCAUGCCAGCGAAACCAUGUGAUGCGACACAAGCCGCAAAUUGCAAGAAGGAUGGGAAAGACUGCGUCCUCAUCGGCGACACAGCGCAAUGCGUUCCUCCAGGCAUGCCAGCGAAACCAUGUGAUGCGACACAAGCCGCAAAUUGCAAGAAGGAUGGGAAAGACUGCGUCCUCAUCGGCGACACAGCGCAAUGCGUUCCUCCAGGCAUGCCAGCAAAACCAUGUGAUGCCACACAAGCCGCAAAUUGCAAGAAGGAUGGGAAAGACUGCGUCCUCAUCGGUGACACAGCGCAAUGCGUUCCUCCAGGCAUGCCAGCAAAACCAUGUGAUGCCACACAAGCCGCAAAUUGCAAGAAGGAUGGGAAAGACUGCGUCCUCAUCGGUGACACAGCGCAAUGCGUUCCUCCAGGCAUGCCAGCAAAACCAUGUGAUGCCACACAAGCCGCAAAUUGCAAGAAGGAUGGGAAAGACUGCGUCCUCAUCGGUGACACAGCGCAAUGCGUUCCUCCAGGCAUGCCAGCGAAACCAUGUGAUGCGACACAAGCCGCAAAUUGCAAGAAGGAUGGGAAAGACUGCGUCCUCAUCGGCGACACAGCGCAAUGCGUUCCUCCAGGCAUGCCAGCAAAACCAUGUGAUGCGACACAAACUGCAAAUUGCAAGAAGGAUGGGAAAGACUGCGUCCUCAUCGGCGACACAGCGCAAUGCGUUCCUCCAGGCAUGCCAGCGAAACCAUGUGAUGCGACACAAGCCGCAAAUUGCAAGAAGGAUGGGAAAGACUGCGUCCUCAUCGGCGACACAGCGCAAUGCGUUCCUCCAGGCAUGCCAGCGAAACCAUGUGAUGCGACACAAGCCGCAAAUUGCAAGAAGGAUGGGAAAGACUGCGUCCUCAUCGGCGACACAGCGCAAUGCGUUCCUCCAGGCAUGCCAGCAAAACCAUGUGAUGCCACACAAGCCGCAAAUUGCAAGAAGGAUGGGAAAGACUGCGUCCUCAUCAGUGACACAGCGCAAUGCGUUCCUCCAGGCAUGCCAGCAAAACCAUGUGAUGCCACACAAGCCGCAAAUUGCAAGAAGGAUGGGAAAGACUGCGUCCUCAUCGGUGACACAGCGCAAUGCGUUCCUCCAGGCAUGCCAGCAAAACCAUGUGAUGCCACACAAGCCGCAAAUUGCAAGAAGGAUGGGAAAGACUGCGUCCUCAUCGGUGACACAGCGCAAUGCGUUCCUCCAGGCAUGCCAGCAAAACCAUGUGAUGCGACACAAGCCGCGAAUUGCAAGAAGGAUGGGAAAGACUGCGUCCUCAUCGGCGACACAGCACAAUGCGUUCCACCAGGCAUGCCAGCAAAACCAUGUGAUUCGACACAAGCCGCAAAUUGCAAGAAGGAUGGGAAAGACUGCGUCCUCAUCGGCGACAAAGCGCAAUGCGUUCCUCCAGGCAUGCCAGCAAAACCAUGUGAUGCGACACAAGCCGCAAAUUGCAAGAAGGAUGGGAAAGACUGCGUCCUCAUCGGCGACACAGCGCAAUGCGUUCCUCCAGCCAUGCCAGCAAAACCAUGUGAUGCGACACAAGCCGCCAAUUGCAAGAAGGAUGGGAAAGACUGCGUCCUCAUCGGCGACACAGCGCAAUGCGUUCCUCCAGGCAUGCCAGCAAAACCAUGUGAUGCGACACAAGCCGCGAAUUGCAAGAAGGAUGGGAAAGACUGCGUCCUCAUCGGCGACACAGCACAAUGCGUUCCUCCAGCCAUGCCAGCAAAACCAUGUGAUGCGACACAAGCCGCCAAUUGCAAGAAGGAUGGGAAAGACUGCGUCCUCAUCGGCGACACAGCGCAAUGCGUUCCUCCAGGCAUGCCAGCGAAACCAUGUGAUGCGACACAAGCCGCAAAUUGCAAGAAGGAUGGGAAAGACUGCGUCCUCAUCGGCGACACAGCACAAUGCGUUCCUCCAGGCAUGCCAGCAAAACCAUGUGAUGCGACACAAGCCGCAAAUUGCAAGAAGGAUUGGAAAGACUGCGUCCUCAUCGGCGACACAGCGCAAUGCGUUCCUCCAGGCAUGCCAGCGAAACCAUGUGAUGCGACACAAGCCGCAAAUUGCAAGAAGGAUGGGAAAGACUGCGUCCUCAUCGGCGACACAGCGCAAUGCGUUCCUCCAGGCAUGCCAGCGAAACCAUGUGAUGCGACACAAGCCGCAAAUUGCAAGAAGGAUGGGAAAGACUGCGUCCUCAUCGGCGACACAGCGCAAUGCGUUCCUCCAGGCAUGCCAGCGAAACCAUGUGAUGCGACACAAGCCGCAAAUUGCAAGAAGGAUGGGAAAGACUGUGUCCUUAUCGGCGAAACAGCGCAAUGCGUUCCUCCAGGCAUGCCAGCAAAACCUUGUGAUGCGACACAAGCCGCGAAUUGCAAGAAGAAUGGGAAAGACUGCGUCCUCAUCGGCGACACAGCGCAAUGUGUUCAUACACAACGAAACAGCUGCAAUGAAGAAGAAAAGAAAGAGUGCAAGUCACUGGGAAAGACAUGCGACUUCAGUACUGGUGCUGUUCUGUGCACUGAUCCAGUACGUAGCAGUUGCAACGAGGAAGAAAAGGAAACAUGCAAAUCGAUGGGAAUGACGUGCGAAUUCGCAGACGGCUAUGCCGUGUGCAUGGAUCUAACUCGCAACACGUGCAAAAAGAAGGAGCACGAAGCGUGCCAGGCCGUUCAAAAAGAAUGCGACUUCACCGCGCAUGCGGCCACGUGCAUCGAUAACAAGCGCACCACCUGCAAUGAAGAAGAGAAGAAGGCAUGCCAGGAAAGGGGGAAAUAUUGCGACUUCAGCGCCGGUAUCGCCCUCUGCGUCUCCGGGAGACGCACAAAAUGUAACGAAGAGGAGGAGGCCAUUUGCCGGGAAAUGGGAAUGGACUGUGAUUUCUCGCUCGGUGCAGCCCUGUGCAUUGACAAAACGCGCACGGAGUGUAAUGAGGAAGAGACCGACAUGUGCAAAUUAAGCAAGGAAGACUGCGAGUUCACUGCGAACGCAGCAUUUUGCAUCGAUCCAAAUCGCACAGAUUGCAAUCAAGAGGAAAAGCAACGGUGUGAAACCGUCGGCAAAGGAUGCCAGUUUGUAGCCGGGGCCUCUUUGUGUUACGGUCCUGCACGGACAAAGUGUGACGCCUCCGAGACGGAAAGGUGCGCGAAAAUGGGAAAGGGGUGCGACUUUAUCGGUGGAGGCGCUAUUUGUUCUGGAAAGAAACGCACGCAGUGCAACGAGGAAGAGGAGAAAAAGUGCAAAGCAAUGAAACGACAAUGCGAGUUUGUCGACGGAGCUCCUCUUUGCAUAGUUGGAAAACGCAAAGCCUGCAACGAAGAAGAGGAACAAGCUUGCAAGGAAGAGGGAAUGACCUGUGAUUUCAGUGCUGGAGCAGCUGUUUGCAUGGAUCGAAACCGCACCAGCUGCAACGAGGAAGAGAGAAAAGCGUGCGCGGCGCAGGGAAAGGUCUGCGACUUCAGCGCGGCAUCUCCAUUGUGCAUGGAUAAGCAAAGCAACACCUGCAGUGAAGAAGAGAUAAAAUGCAUAUCCGCGGGAUUGGAGUGCAAUUUUAGCACCGGCGCGGCGCUAUGCGUAGAUCCCAACCGCAAGAGCUGUACCAAGGAAGAGAAGGAAUUAUGUAAGGCACAUAACAAGGACUGUGACUUUACGGCUGGGGCCCUCUUGUGCUCAGAUCCAGCACGCGAAAAAUGUAAUGAAGAAGAAAAGAACGCCUGCAAAGAAUUGGGAAAGGAGUGCGAUUUCGCAUCGGGUCGCCAGCUAUGCGUUGAUGAAAAACCGGAAAUGUGCGAAACGGGACAGAAAGAGGCAUGUAAGGAAAUGGGACUGGAAUGCGAUUUUAGCGCCGGCGCACCUUUGUGUAUUGAUAAAAACCGCACAAGCUGUGGUAAAACGGAGAAAGCCAUUUGCGAAGCAUACGGCACUGAGUGUGAUUUCACUGCUGGGGCGCCCAUCUGCAUUGACAACAACGGCACAAAGUGCAGCGACAAAGAACGACAAGAGUGUAAGGUAUUGGGUAAAGACUGCAACAUUCCAGGCGGAGCAGCUUUGUGCGUGGAUGAAAGGCCAAAAGCCUGCACUAAAGAACAGAACGAAACAUGCAAAAUCAAUGGCAAUGAAUGUGAUUUCACCGACGGUGCACCCGUAUGCAAAGAUAAUAAUCGGCACAAUUGUAAUGAAAAAGAGAAGGAAAUCUGCAAGGCCACCAGAAGAGAAUGCGAUUUCACAGGCGGCGCCCCGUCAUGCAUCGAUACACAAAGAAACAGCUGCAACGAAGAGGAAAAGAAAAAGUGCAAGUCACUGGGAAAUGCAUGCGACUUCAGCACUGGUGCUGUUCUGUGCACUGAUCCAGUACGAAACAGUUGCAACGAGGAAGAAAAGGAAACAUGCAAAUCGAUGGGAAUGACAUGUGAAUUCGCAGACGGCUAUGCCGUGUGCAUGGAUCCAACUCGCAACAAGUGCAAAAAGAAGGAGCACGAAGCGUGCCAGGCAACUAAAAAAGAAUGCGACUUCACUGCCCAUGCGGCCACGUGCGUUGAUAACCAGCGCACCACCUGCAAUGAAGAAGAGAAGAAGGAAUGCCAGGAAAGGGGGAAAUACUGCGACUUCAGCGCCGGUAUCGCCCUUUGCGUCUCCGGGAGACGCACAAAAUGUAACGAAGAGGAGGAGGCCAUAUGCCGGGAACUGGGAAUGGACUGUGAUUUCUCGCUCGGUGCAGCCCUGUGCGUGGACAAUACGAGCACGGACUGUAAUGAGGAAGAGACCGAGAUAUGCAAAUUAAGGAAGGAAGAGUGCGACUUCACCGCGCACGCAGCAUUUUGCAUCGAUCCAAAUCGCACAGAUUGCAAUCAAGAGGAAAAGCAACGGUGUGAAACCGUCGGCAAAGGAUGCCAUUUCGUAAACGGGGCCUCUUUGUGUUACGGUCCUCCUGCACGGACAAAGUGUGACGCCUCCGAGACGGAAAGGUGCGCAAAAAUGGGAAAGGGAUGCGACUUUAUCGGUGGAGGUGCUAUUUGUUCAGGAAAGAAACGCACGCAGUGCAACGAGGAAGAGGAGGAAAAGUGCAAAGCAAUGCAACGACAAUGCGAGUUUGUCGACGGAGCUCCUCUUUGCAUGGUCAAAAAGCGAACAAAAUGUAACGAAGAAGAGACGAAAGUAUGCAAAAAACUUGGAAAAUCAUGCGACUUGUCAACAGGAGAACCGCAGUGUACCGAGUGUCCGAUAGAUGCUUGCCGGACAUCUUGUCAGGAGGCAGAACCCAACAGAACGGUGCUCGCUGUAACAUGCUCGGCGUCUGACAUGUGCUCCUGUUCGUACGAAGACGAGUGUCUAGCCUCGAAAUGUGAAGACUACUGCAAGGUGGCAGUCCCCGAAGCGGACCCUAAAAAGGCAACCUGUAAAGAUAACGUGUGCUACUGUGCCAAACCACCGGGACUGCAAGAACCCACGACAACAGCACCACCUUGUCCGAUAGAUGCCUGCCGGAAUGCUUGUCAGGAGGCAGAACCCAACAGAACGGUGCUCUCUGUAUCAUGCUCGGCGUCUGACAUGUGCUCCUGUUCAUACGAAGAUGAAUGUCUAGCCUCAAAAUGUGAAGACUACUGCAAGGUGGCAGUCCCGGAAGCGGACCCUAAAAAGGCAACCUGUAAAGAUAACGUGUGUUACUGUGCCAAGCCACAGGGACCGCAAGAACCCACGACAACAGCACCACCUUGUCCGAUAGAUGCCUGCCGGAAUGCUUGUCAGGAGGCAGAACCCAACAGAACGGUGCUCUCUGUAUCAUGCUCGGCGUCUGACAUGUGCUCCUGUGCAUACGAAGAUGAGUGUCUAGCCUCAAAAUGUGAAGACUACUGCAAGGUGGCAGUCCCCGAAGCGGACCCUAAAAAGGCAACCUGUAAAGAUAACGUUUGCUACUGUGCCAAGCCACAGGGACCGCAAGAAACCACGACAACAGCAAUACCUUGUCCGACAGACGCCUGCCGGAAAGCUUGUCAGGAGGCGGAACCCAACAGCACGGUGCUCGCUGUAUCAUGUUCGGCGCCUGACGUAUGCUCCUGUUCGUACGAAGAUGAGUGUCUAGCUUCAAAAUGUGAAGACUACUGCAAGAUGGCAGUUCCAAAAGCGGACCCCAAAAAGGCGACCUGUAGAAAUAAUGCUUGCUACUGCGCCAAGCCACGUGUUCCGUGCACGCCAGAGGCAUGCCGCAAGUCCUGUCAAGAUUCAGAACCCGACAAGAAAGUACUAAACACAUCGUGCCCCGAGUCCGACAUAUGUCACUGCGUAUACGAAGACGACUGCACAGAAGACAUAUGCCGUGACUACUGUAAGGAAACAGUCCCAAGCAAUAUCCUGAAAGGUUCUAUGUGCAUACACAACUUCUGCUACUGCAAUAAAACAACAGACGACUUGGGGAGGUCAAAAACGGAUGACGUUUCUCACAGUGGAUUUCACCUCUUUGACGCAUGGAAUUCGUUCAUACGUAGCCUGUGGUAAUCAUGUCCCUUUGUGUAGUUUUGAUGGUUAUAGCCACGAAAUAAAGCUUUUACUGAGA